UGUCUACCGUUCAACGCCGCUCGCAAUUGCCUUUCAGCGAUCAUCCUGCAAUAGUCUGGCGGCCUGCGACUCUAAACAACUUCCAGCGUGAUGGCCGCCAUCUGGGGUAAUGGGGGCCAAGCAGGGCAGUUUCCCCUCGAACAGUGGUUCUAUGAAAUGCCUCCGGUGACGCGCUGGUGGACAGUAGCCACUGUAGCUACAUCUGUACUAGUGCAAUGUCAUAUCCUGACCCCCUUCCAGCUAUUUUACAGCUUUCGCGCGGUCUAUGUCAAGUCCCAGUACUGGCGACUUAUUACAACAUUUCUCUACUUCGGGCCGCUUAGUCUAGACCUACUGUUCCAUGUCUUCUUCCUGCAGCGGUACUCGCGCCUUCUCGAAGAAUCAUCCGGCCGAUCCCCAGCUCGUUUCUCCUGGUUGCUCUUCUACGCCAUGGCCUCUCUCCUCCUUCUUUCCCCGUUCCUCUCUCUGCCAUUCCUGGGCACUGCCCUCUCUUCCAGUCUGGUGUAUAUUUGGGGUCGCCGGAACCCUGACACCCGUCUCAGCUUCCUCGGUAUCCUGGUUUUCACGGCCCCGUAUCUUCCCUGGGUAUUGAUGGCAUUCAGCUUGGUGGUCCACGGCAUCGUGCCCAAAGACGAGAUUUGUGGAGUGGUCGUUGGUCAUAUCUGGUAUUUCUUCAAUGAUGUCUAUCCGUCUCUUCAUGGCGGCCACCGCCCCCUGGACCCUCCAGGAUGGUGGAUCCGGCUAUUCGAGUCUAGGGCCAGCGCGGGAACCGAUACAGCCAACCUGAACCGCGAUUUCGCCGCCGCUGCGGCACCUGAGGUCCGAUGA